GGAUGUGAGUUGCACACCGGCCCGCACCACAUGUGUGCCCCCCUCCCACCUUUACCGGCCACCAUUGCUGUUUCACGGGCCUUUGUUGUCGCCAGUCGGCGCCUUACCGCUCAAGUUAUAGCUAUCCCUGUCUCAAGACAGAUUUGCAAGAUGUCUCAGCCCAACAAGAAGCCGCGGGAAGACGGAGACUGGAAGCAGAUAGGCACCCACGACGGCACAUUCCAUUGUGACGAGGCUCUUGCCUGCUACCUGCUGAGGAAACUCCCGCGUUACCGCGACUACGACAUCGUCCGCUCCCGCAAACCCGACGUGCUGGCCGCCUGCGAUAUUGUGGUGGAUGUCGGCGGACAAUACGACCCCGCCACUCACAGAUACGACCACCACCAGCGCACGUUUAACGAGACCAUGAACAGCCUUUCACCAGAGAAGCCGUGGGUGACCAAACUGAGCAGUGCCGGGCUGGUGUACCUGCACUUUGGUCAGGAGAUCAUUGCACACAUGCUGGGGGACGGGGCAGACAAGAAACUCUGCAACGUUGUGUACAACAAGGUCUACCAGAACCUGAUUGAGGAGAUUGAUGCGAUCGACAACGGCGUUUCGCAGUUCGACGGCACCCCGCGGUACCUGAUGACGACAAACCUGAGCGCCCGCGUGGGGCGGCUGAACCCGGCCUGGAACGAGGCGGACCAGGACACGACAGAACGGUUCCACAAGGCCAUGGCCAUGGUCGGGGAAGAGUUCGAGGAUCGCGUGCGGUACUACAGCCAGGCCUGGUGGCCGGGCAGGAAACUGGUGCGAGAUGCGCUGGAGGCGAGACACGGCGUGGACCAGAGCGGACAGGUGAUCGUGAUGGAACAGGUGUGCCCGUGGAAGGAGCACCUGUUCGAACUGGAGCAAGAGAUGCAGGUGGAGCCAUCUAUCAAGUACGUGCUGUACGCAGACCAGAACGGAAACUGGCGCGUGCAGUGCGUUCCCAUGGAAACGCAGUCCUUCCAGAGCCGACUGCCCCUCCCCGAGGACUGGCGAGGAGUCAGGGACGACGAGCUAAGCAAACUCAGCGGGAUCGACGGCUGCGUGUUCGUGCAUGCUUCCGGGUUCAUCGGCGGGAACAAGACAAGACAGGGGGCGCUUCUCAUGGCACAGAGGGCACUACAAAUGUAGCAAAACUGUUACAAGAGCGCUGCAAAGGGCAAAGUAGAGAAACUGUUUACCACAAACAAACAAACUCAGCGGGAUCGACGGGUGCGUUUUCGUGCACGCUUCUGGGUUCAUCGGGGGGAACAAGACAAGACAGGGGGCGCUCCUCAUGGCACAGAGGGGGCUACAAAUGGCCAAGUAGCGAGACUGUUUACCACAAACAAAUAAAAAAACAAACUCAGCGGGAUCAAUGUGUGCGUUUUCGUGCACGCCUCUGGCUUCAUCGGGGGGAACAAGACAAGACAGGGGGUGCUUCAAAUGGCACAGAGAGCGCUACAAAGGGCUAAGUAGCAAAACUUUACCACAGACAAAUAAACAAACAGAUGGAGCAAAAUCAGCUGUGUGUUCGUACAUCAUGCCUCCGGGUUCAUCGGGAGGACAAGACGAAGGAAGGAGUCUUCAAAACAUACAGACUUUCCAUGGCACAUAAGGCACUACGGAUGUCCAAGUAGAGUCUAUUCAAAGUCACCGAUAGGGUUUUUUAAAUAAUAUUUGUGAUAAGUAUGAAAUAUUUCAAAUAAAAGAGUAUUUCAGUCACAGUA